UUGAAUCAAACAAAACCCAACACACAGAUACAAAAGUACCUGUUGCCACACACCUACCUGACCUAUCUAUUAUUCUAUUUUACUAAAAGCCCAAUGUAGAGGAACCGAUCAAACGUGGAUUACGAAGAUAGAAACUUAACCAAUCAAAAUGCUCCCUUUCUCCACGUGUCAAAGCAAGAAUCCAACAAAAGCUAAAGAGAAAAGGAGAGAGACGAGUGUGGAUAGCAGAAAAAGUUGAGGUCGGCUGAAUACGAAGAUUUUUUGAAAAUGGCGACGGCGUUUGCGGCAGCAACUUCUUCGGCGGCCACCGCCGUCGUGUUACCUCGUCUUCCUAGUACCACCGCUGUCCGUUGCUCUUUGUUACCACACCUUCCAGCUCGUUCGUUUUCCACUUCGAUCAAACAGAUUUCAGUAUCACGAAGGUCAUCUCUAUUGAAGAUCAAGGCCUCAGAAGAUGCAUCAUCUCCUCCAGAUGCCAAUGAAUUGUUCAAUGACUUAAAGGAAAAGUGGGAUGCACUUGAAAACAAGUCAACAGUUAUAGUCUAUGGAGGAGGAGCAGUUGUUGCAAUUUGGAUAUCUUCAAUCCUUGUUGGUGCAGUCAACUCAGUGCCAUUGCUUCCAAAGAUCUUGGAGUUGGUAGGACUUGGAUAUACCGGAUGGUUUGUUUACCGAUAUCUUCUCUUCAAGUCUAACAGAAAAGAGUUAGCAACUGAUAUUGAGUGGAUAAAGAAGAAGAUUGCAGGGACCGAGGAAAUUAUAUGAGUGUUAAAUUUUUCUUAUAAAAUUUGUGUAAAGUAGUCAUGCAUGUAUGCCAAUAAGAUUGUUCAAAAGCCUUAUGAAAAAUGUCUUCAACCAUUCCCGACAAAAUAUGUUUUGGUCUUCUUUGAUGAGAUAUUGUUGUAAUGAAAGAAAGAAAGAGAGAGGAAAUGUAACGAUUCAAAUGAAUUAUCUAUUGUUUAAACAUGAAGAAGCUACAAAGAUAUAAACAGAGGAAAUCGACAACCAAAAGUAACUCCUUCUAACUAACUUUAACUAACUCAUCAUUUAGCUUGAGUAGCCCCCACCCCCCACCACCCCCCGGGGGGACAAGCUUGAGGGAAAUUACAAACACCAAGCUUGGAUUUUGCCAUAUAAUGUUGAACUCUUUUGAUCAAAAGUGGAACAUGAGCUAAUCGAAUGAGAGCAUUUGUGACUUUCUCUCUUACAAAAUGGCAAUUUGUGACUUUCUCUCUUACAAAAUGACAAUCUAGUUCAAUGUGUUUUAUACA